AAAUAUCUGGUCAAAAUAUUUCUAUUAUUCAUGAAGAUGGAUCAAACAUAACAAGCCCAAUUGAAGAUAUUAUCCAACAAUCAACAGAAAGUAUUGUUGAGUAUAAUAAUCUAUAUGAAAAUUUUAUUAAUAAUGAAGAAUGGGAUACAAUGCUUCAAAAUUUUGAACUUCCUGAAAUACCAAAUAUUCAAGAAAAUGUUGAAAUAACAGAAGUUCUCUUAGAAGAAAACACUCAUGAAAUAGAGGAUAGAGUUCAAAUGAAUUCUCCUUAUCAAGGUACUGAUGAAAUACAAAUUUUUGAUACUAUUAUCACAAAAAUUCAAGUUUUUGGAAAAAAGAAAAACAAACGUAUAUCAAGAAUAGAAGCUCUCUUUUAUCUUGAACAAUUGAGAGAAAGAAAUAGAAAUAAUAAACGUAUAGCUCGAUAUAUAUGUACUCAGUUAACUCAUUUGUUUGGAGAAACUAAAGCCUAUCGAUUAUAG